GUAGGAAAAGAAUUAGAAAGGCAGAGAAAAGAAAAGACACAAAACUUGUGACUUGACAAAAGAGGGCAGGUACCAGAAGCAGGACCAUGAAGGCCGGCGUGGUACUCUUCUCUGCAUUGGCUCUGUUUCUCCUGAUGGGGGCAGUGUUCACCCAGAGACCUCGGCCAAAGAAACCCACCAGACGUCCAACCACCCCCAGGAAGCCUGCCCCCAAGCCUGCUGUACCAGCAGUGCCAGAGCCCCAGGAGCCCACAGACUUCCCCCCGCCUAUCCUGGGCCCACCUUCUAUCUUUCCCGACUGUCCCAGAGAGUGUUCAUGCUCCCCAAGCUAUCCAAACUCUCUAAACUGUGAGAACCGGAACAUCCGUGUGAUCCCUAUCAUCCCACCCAGAACCCAUUACUUGUACCUGCAGAACAACUAUAUCUCGGAGGUGACAGCAGAAUCGUUUGUCAACGCCAGUGACGUCCGCUGGAUCAACCUGGCAAACAACCGCCUCCAUCGAAUAGACAAAGAGGUGUUUCAGAAGGUCCCUAGUCUGUUGUACCUCUAUGCACAGCAUAACCAUCUGAAAGAGGUUCCUUCAGGCCUUCCAGCAAGCCUGGAACAGCUUCGCCUCAGUAGGAAUCGCAUUUCAAAGAUCCCUGCUGGUGCCUUCAGCAAGAUGGGGAAUCUGACUCUGCUUGACCUGUACCACAACCAGCUGAGUGACAACGACCUGGGAAAGAACAUAUUUAAGGACUUGAACGGCCUGAUGCAGCUCAAUCUGGCUCACAAUGUUCUGAAAAAGAUGCCUGCUGGGAUACCAAGUGGCCUCAUACAGCUUUUCCUGGACAGGAACCGUAUUGAUGACAUCCCAAGAGACUACUUCCAAGGCUUCUCUCACCUGGCGUUCGUGAGGCUGAACUACAACCAGCUGAGUGAUAAAGGAGUUCCCAAAAAUGUGUUCAACAUAACCACCCUGCUGGACCUGCAACUCUCCCACAAUCAGCUUGCCUCUGUUCCUCGCUUCAAUGGACACCUGGAGCACCUGCACCUCAACCACAACAGCAUCGAGAGCAUCAAUGGCACCCUGCUCUGCCCGUACAGCCUGCAGGCUGUUGAGAGUGAUAACAGCGUGGUGCCUAGAUUAAGGUACCUGCGUUUGGAUGGAAAUCACCUGAGCCCUCCUAUCCCGCUGGAUGUCAUCAUGUGCUUCAGACACCUUCACUCUAUUGUCAUUUAGGAAAUUAAAGGCCCAGGGGCAUGCAUGCACACGCAU